AUGGAUGCAUCUACUGUAUUCGUUCGCAUAUACGAUAGCCUGCAGGAGAUAAUCCGAUCAACAACUGCGUUUGAUGUCGCUAAGGGAGUAGCAAUUCUUUGGGCGCUGCGCAUAUCCUUCCGUAUGGUCCGGAACAAACUAAAAGCGACCAGACUUCGAGGUCCCCCCAGGACAAGUCUUAUAUUCGGCUUGGCCAAGGAUCUAUUCCACGCGGAAGAUGCAGGGGCCAUGUACGAAGCAUGGGCCAAUGAGUAUGGCGUCGCUUACGAGGUCCCUAUUAUGCUGGGGGGGAGCAAGAUCAUGUUGUGUGACCCCAGGGCCAUCGCUCACUUCUAUAACAAGGAAACUCGGACGUACGUACACACAGAUUUUGGGUUAAUCUUCACCAGAAAGAGUUUCGGAAUGGUAAUAUUGUGUGCACAGGGAGAGGAGCACAGAAGACAGCGCAAGUCCUUGUCGCCAGCGUUCAGUCACGCGGCUGUUCGUCAACUGCUUCCUGUGUUUUACCAUUCUGCGUACAGGGCCAAGACUGCAUGGGAGUCGUUGAUCGAUGCCAACGAUGGUCACAAUACUGUCAUUGAUGUUCAAAAUUGGCUCGAUUCCAUUGGGCUCGCUGGUUUCUCCCAUGAUUUUGGUUCUCUGGACGGAAAGACAAACCCCGUGGCUGACGUAUUCACUACCUUUGAAGGAUCGGUCCCGAAUUCUACCCUCCUCCUUCUCGCCACCGUGUUCCCUCUACUGACAUAUGUGCCAACAUCGAGGGGUGAUUUGUUCGGUGAUAUGAACCGAACGCUGGCAGACAUCUCGAGAAAGUUUUUGGAGAGGUCUAAGGAAGAGAAGGAAGCAGGAAUCGUUGACGGGAAAGACGACAAGUCUAUCAUCGGAGUGCUGUUAAAAGCCAAAGAUUCAGGUACCGAUGUCCAAUUAUCCGUUGAAGAAAUCCUUGCUCAGAUGAAAUUACUCAUUGUCGCCGGCUAUGAAACUACUUCAGUCACCAUGACCUGGGCGCUGCUUGAGCUCGCUCGGAACCCCGAUAUACAAACCAAGCUUAGGGCAGAGCUGUUGGCUUUUGGUUCCGACCCGACGUACGACCAACUUACCAACAACCUUCCUUACCUGGAUGCUGUGGUACACGAGACACUCCGUUUCCAUCCUCCUCUGGACGAGUUUGUUCGUCAAGCAGCUGAAGACGAUGUUAUCCCCCUCUCAGAGCCCGUUCGUGCCAGAUUCGGCCGAGUCGUCAACAGCAUAUCUGUAACACGUGGCACUCGAAUUGGGAUAUCCACCGCCUGCAUCAAUCGUUCAGUCGCUAUCUGGGGUGCAGAUGCAAAAGUUUUUCGACCAGAACGCUGGUUGGAAGAGGGGAGCAUACCGAAGAAGGCGCAGGAAAUGCAAGGGUAUAGGCAUUUGCUGACUUUCAUAGAUGGACCGAGGACAUGCCUUGGCAAAGGGUUUGCAGUGGCCGAAUUCAAGACGGUCAUGUUCACGUUGAUUAAGAAUUUUGUGUUGGAGAUGAGGGAUGGACCAAACACGAAGAUCGAGAUGACUAUGGGAAUAUUGUCGAGACCUAGGGUGGUUGGAGAAGCUGGUACGAAGGUGCCGUUGCGUGUGCGCCGAUAUGGAAGUUAAUGCAGAUAGGUUUGCGGUCCAUCACGUCUAUCUGCUUUUUCAUUUAGUUGCUCAUGGUAUAUGAUAUAGCGCAGGGAUGUUACAGUUAAGCCAGUUUCCUCCAAACCUAUGUAUAUUGAGCUGGGCGAGCAUAGAACUAGCACACAAG